UCUUUGUUUAUGUCAUUUGUUUGUACAGUUACUCAUUUGGAGAGUCCCACUGACUCGCUGCCAUGGAGGUGAACGGCACAGCCAACAUUCUGUCUUCAGCGUAUCUGGCGGUGGAAUUUGUGGAUUCAUUUCUUCCAGAAAAUCCACUGCAGGAACCUCUGAAGCACGCAUGGAACCACAUGCUGCAGAACUAUAGCAAAUUCCAGAUCGCCACCUGGGGCUCGCUCAUCGUCCAUGAACUGAUCUAUUUCCUGUUCUGUCUGCCUGGAUUUAUCUUUCAGUUCCUCCCUUUCAUGCAGAAGUAUAAAAUCCAAGCGGAUAAACCAGAGACAUGGGAGAAACAGUGGAAGUGCUUUAAGAUGCUGCUGUUUAAUCACUUCUGUAUCCAGCUACCGCUCAUCUGCGGGACGUAUUACUUUACUGAGUUCUUCAGCAUUCCUUAUGACUGGGACUCCAUGCCUCGCUGGCCCUUUAUAUUGGCCCAGUGUUUUGGUUGUGCGGUAAUUGAAGACACAUGGCAUUACUUCCUCCACCGAGCCCUACAUCAUCGCAGAAUCUACAAAUACAUUCAUAAAGUCCAUCAUGACUUCACUGCUCCAUUUGGCAUGCAGGCAGAAUAUGCCCACCCUGCUGAGACUCUGAUUCUGGGGGCUGGAUUCUUCAUCGGCAUCAUGGUCUUCUGCAAUCAUAUGAUUUUGCUCUGGGCUUGGGUCGCUUUCCGGCUUCUUGAAACCAUUGAUGUUCACAGUGGUUACGACAUUCCUCUGAACCCCCUACAUUUGAUUCCAUUCUACGCUGGAGCUCGUUUCCAUGACUUCCACCACAUGAAUUUUGUGGGCAACUAUGGAUCUACAUUCACCUGGUGGGACAGACUUUUCAGCACUGAUUUCCAGUAUAAGAAACAUUACUCGCUUCAUAAAGCUGUGAAGAGCGACUGAUUGACAGAGAUACACUCACUCGCAUACACUGAUGCUUCGCCUUCACCCAGAGAAAUCUAUCUCUCUUGGACUCCUGUGUGGGCUUUGGUUGGUCUGAUGCUUUUGCAUUGCCUCCUGCUGCACACGCUCACUGUAAAGUAUUUAAAAUUGGACUGAAUGGAUUCAAAUCAAUGCCAGCUUCUUACAGCAAUGUGCCUUUGAAAAGAGAAAAAACACACCCCACAGUCAUCAUUAGACCACUGGUCAUGGUACUCCAAAGGACUGUUUGGACUGUUAGGAAUGAAAGAAUUUCAGCCUGUCUUCUGUGCUCUCAAUUAUUAUAAACAUUCAUCUUAGUAAUAAUGACAUUAUUCCUCAAAAGCACUUUACUUUCACCUUAACAAAGAUGGAAUGUUAUAAAUUGUUAUUUUUGUAAUGUCUUUUUUUUUUCUUUUUUUUUUGCUUUGUUGCCAAGUUUUUGCUCAAUUUCUGUAAAGAUUUUGUAACUUCCACAGUGACCACCUAUAGCAUAUAGAUGUGCCUUGGAAAGGAUUUGGGGGAAGAAUGACUUAAAAAACAAAAAAAAAACACUUACGGAUCAUAAGGGGGAAAGCUAAACGAGAUGUUAGUUUGUUCCAUUAAAGGCAACUUAAUAAAAACAAAUUAACAAAAAUGUUGACUGCAGUUGUGGUCUAUUUAAACUGUGAGAGCUCCCAAACAUAGAUCCUAAAAUGUGUUUUCAUUACGGUUUCACAUUCCCCAUCACUGAUCAAUGUACAAGUCAAAUUAUAUAUUACAGUAAAGAGCCAUAUGGGGUGGGUAAGCUGUCCCGGAACAGAAUAUACAUACUACAAUAUUUUAUAUGUCAUAUGCAGUGGGAUAUACAUAUUACUGUAUGUAAAGAAUCAUAUGGGGUGGAUAGAAGGUCAUAUAUUACAGUAUCUAUAUGGGAUGGGUAGAUAAACAGCUUUCCCUUUGUCUUAAUGUACAUACGUUCAUAGAGGUGUACAGUGACGAAGUACAAAUACUUUGUUACUGUACUUAAAUACAAUUUUGGGAAAUUUCUACUUUAAGUAUAAAUAUUUUUGUUGCCUUUUUACGUCACAAAAUUUUAAAGAGAAAAUGUAUACUUUUACACCUAUAUAUUUCUCCAAACCCUUUCGUGACAUUUGCAGCUGCAAAAGUGGAAAGUUUUAUUUAUCUUAUUUUAUUUUUUUUUUUUUAGAAUGCGUAUUUAGAAUGCUUCAAUGAUACAAAUGUCAGUAUGACGUCACUAGGAGUGUUUCUUCAUGAGCACUGGUUGCAUGGGAAGCAGGGAGAGCCUUAGAUUGUAACCAAAGUUUGUGUCACAUACAACAAAUUAACAAUAAGUACUAUGAUAAUACUAAGGUGUUUUGGACAUGAACCAGCGUCCCAUGCAAAUACCAUAUGAAUUCCAAAUCUGAUACAUCACUGUGCUAUGCUGCCAUAGUACUUUUAUGUGAGGGCUAUUAAACAAUAUUCCAUCAUUAUAUAAUUGCAAUGUGUGUUUCUUUAUUUUGUAUGUUUCUGUAAUGUCAAAUAUAUAAAAUGAUAACUUGAUACAUUAUCAUAAAGUAAAUAUUGAUUUUUGUCAUAGCCUAUGAUCCUAAUUCAAAGUUUAGCUGGGUAUCACAACCCAGUUUCUCUAAUAAUGAUUUUACACUUCUACUUCCUCAUGUAUACAGUGCAUUUUAUGUUAAUAAAGGUUCAU